AUGAAUAAUAACGAGAAGGAGGAUAUUAGAAAAACUCCGACGGAAAAGGAUACUGAAUCGAAACAUGAAAGGCUGUCGCUUCCCGGUGAUAAUGAAUCCAUGUGCUCAAUAGAUGUAGAGCAAAGUUCAUGUACUAGGACAAAAUCUGCAAGGCUCGAGCCCCAUUAUACUUCACCACCAUACUCUAGGUUUGGACGCCGAGAGAAGUUUUUACUGGUUGUUCAAUGUGCCUUCACAGGAUUUUUCUCGACUAUAGCUGCUGCAAUUUACUAUCCGGUCUUGACAGUGAUUGAGGAUUUAUUUGAUAUAUCUGAAGAGAAGGUUAAUAUCACAGUGGUUGUCUAUUUCAUCUUCCAAGGCAUAUCGCCAACCCUGAUGGGAGGAUUGGCGGACUAUCUUGGGCGGAGACCCAUUGUGAUACUGUCAGUCUUGGUUUACUUCUCCGCUUGUGUUGGAUUAGCAUGUUCCCAGUCGUACGCUCAGAUUAUUGCAUUGAGGUGCUUACAAGCGGCUGGAAUAUCUCCAGUGAUCGCUAUAAAUAGUGGAAUAAUGGGCGAUGUCACUACCAGAGCAGAAAGAGGCGGAUAUGUUGGCUAUGUUUCUGGUUGUCAAGUCGUAGGCAGCGCGUUCGGUGCCCUAAUUGGCGCUGGCCUAUCCUCAAGGUGGGGUUGGAGAUCUAUCUUUUGGUUCUUAGCCAUCGGAUCUGGGGCUUGCCUUGUAGCUACGGUUCUUUUUUUACCUGAGACUAAGAGAACAGUCGUUGGUAAUGGAUCAGUCACACCCAAGUCAGUCAUUAACAAGUCGCCUUUGCUAGUCAUCCCAGUUGCUAGACAUAGGCUCCAUCUCGAUAAUCCAGAUAUUGAAACGCUGGAGAAUUCGACUCCGCUGAAUCUUUUGGCACCUUUUGCCGUCCUUAAGAUUCCCGAGGUUGCUUUACUACUUACCGUGGCCGGCUUGCAGUUCGCAACUUGGACCACUCACCAGACCGCAUUAACGACCGCUUUGAGCAAACAUUACCACCUGUCUGUAGCCAAGAUUGGUCUAUGUUUCUUACCAGCCGGUAUCUGCACGCUGAUAAGUGUUGUUACCUCAGGAAGGUACUUGAAUUGGAACUACAGGGGCAAAAUAAAGCGUCAUAAGGAAUGGUUGAAAACACAAGAGGAGCUUCUAUUGGAAGAAUACGCGGGGGACAUCGAGCGUGUUAGAGAGAAAAUGGAAAACGACUGUCACUACACCUUCAACAUCUUCCGAGCCAGGUUACAACCUGCGAUUUUCACUGUGCUGUUAAGCAGUGCAGGGUUUAUCUCUUAUGGAUGGUGUUUACAUGUGAAAGCUCCAUUAGCUGCUGUCCUCUGCAUGAGUGCAUUCGCAUCGCUUUUUUCCAACUGUAUUUUGACAAUGUCAGUUACGUUGAUUGUCGAUGUAUUUCCAUCAAAAGCAUCUACUGCUACUGGGUGCCUAAAUUUAUUCAGAUGCAUUUUUUCGGCGAUCCUUAUCGCAACGUUGACUCGGAUGACUAACAAGAUGACUAGUGGUGGCGUUUUCACAUUUUUGGGCGCAUUAACGGCCCUAUCUUGUUCAUUGCUACUAGUAAUAAUUGCACAAGGUAAGAAGAUUUCUCACAAGAGACGUCAACAGGAGAAAAGGCUGCUCGAGGGGAAGACAGAGACAUAA